GCCGCCUCAGAAACUUCGAAACCGACGCGGACUCAGAGCCGGGCUUCGCUCAUUCCCAAACGACUCGCCGUACACACAAGAGAGAAAGUGCGCUCGCUUGUCGUGUUCGUGUAGUAUCGGUACACUUUUCAUUUUUCUUUCGUUUUCGGUGCGCUUUCGAUGCUGCUCAGUUUGAACCGAUAGCAGGUGACGUACGAUCUUUGAAAACUAUUCUUUCUUUUUCGUUUUUUUCGUCCUUAAAACGAAAGCGAAGCGCGGACCAGCGCUCUUCCGGCUGGUCAUUCGCUUAAGUUAUACGGAGCUUGUCCUUGCUGUGAAAGGAGAGUAGUACUGCUUUCUUCGCGAGGAAACUGUUCGCGGUCAUCGCGGGCGUCCUUAUUUGCGGUUCGUAUUCCGUGCAAGACUUUUCUCACGAGCAAGUGGUUGACGUGAGAGUGACAACAUGCGCCACCCCUGCGCAUUCGUCGUUGCCUUCGGCGUGGCACUGACGCUUUUGGGAGGCACGUCAUGGGCGGACGAAGAGCCCGAGUACGCGUCCAGCGGUGGCCUGAUGGAGACUUCGGGAGGCGACGAAGAUGGCGGUGCGGACCUGGGCGGUGCCGGCCCGCAGCAGCCGGGGCGACUGCCGCCGACGGCGGACAAGCGCAACCUGGCGGCCCUGGCUCGCAGCGGACGGCUGCCCCGGUUCCACUACAACAAAAAGCUCGGCCCGGCCGCUUCGCCCCUGCAGCCAACGCGGAUGUACAUGGCUGGACGGAGGCUGCUGCCCGCUGUCGGAGGAGCCGCCAUGCCUCCCAUGCUGCGUCAGCAGCACGGGGGAGGCCAUGGCUGGCGACCCGAUGCCUCCAUGGCGGCGGGUGACCAGGCGCUUCAGGGCGACGCGGCCGAGAAGAUGGGCGUCGUCGAGGCGCUGGGCCGCCUGUCCGAGGCCGCCAUCUUCCCCUACAUCGGGCCGCAUAGGUGGAUAAAGCCGUGGUGCAUACACCCCGCUGAUCUGUCCUGCCUGUUUCCCGUCCCCGUGCAGCACCCGUUCGAUCGCACCGUGCUGCACCCGCUGCCGUCAAUGCGCAGCGCGAGGCAUAGUUAGUUGAUGUCCCCGCGCCUAUGGUGGAGGGUUCCUUAAACGAGGCAACUGUGACUCCCUGUAUAAAUCUGGCUUGGAUGAGGAUGGGUACAUAGCGACUUGUAAUCAAGGAAAAUUGCUGGA